ACUAUUUGUCUUCCGCUGUCUGUCUCCAGCGCGUCCGGUGUCCUCCCGACCAUGCCCGAGCCCGCCAAGUCCGCCCCCGCCCCGAAGAAGGGCUCCAAGAAGGCGGUGACCAAGGCGCAGAAGAAGGACGGCAAGAAGCGCAAGCGCAGCCGCAAGGAGAGCUACUCGGUGUACGUGUACAAGGUGCUGAAGCAGGUGCACCCCGACACGGGCAUCUCGUCCAAGGCCAUGGGCAUCAUGAACUCGUUCGUCAACGACAUCUUCGAGCGCAUCGCGGGCGAGGCGUCGCGCCUGGCGCAUUACAACAAGCGCUCGACCAUCACGUCCCGGGAGAUCCAGACGGCCGUGCGCCUGCUGCUGCCCGGCGAGCUGGCCAAGCACGCCGUGUCCGAGGGCACCAAGGCCGUCACCAAGUACACCAGCUCCAAGUGAGUGUGCCGGGAGGCCCGUUCCAACCCAAAGGCUCUUUUCAGAGCCACUUAAGCUUUACCAAGAAAGAGAUGAUGCACUUUGCUUACCAUUAGAGAAGCGGGUGAUCCGUGUAGGUGACGGGGUCCCAGAUCACGGUCUCCCAGGAACACCUUGAGCACCCUGGGGGUCUCCUCUCGUAGAUGACGCCGCAGAUGUGAUUGACGCCGCCGCGCGCCGGGCAGCUGCCGGGUGGCGGGCUUGGUGACACCCUUGAUGUUCCCUGUGCAGCACUGUGGUGGUGCUUAGCAUCACCCUUCCCAGUGCCUCCCCGCCUUUGACGCGUCUAAAUCUGAUGUUGACUGUAUAGACGGAAACCCUAGGGCCAAAAGUCAAAAGCCAGAGCAAUGAAGGGGGAAAUGAGGUGGGAUGAAGCCAGCCUUUUGCUUGAACUCUUAGGACCAAAUUGAAAACCAGAGGAACACGGGCGGGAAAGCUUCACAAUUCUUCUGCCCUCUUGUUCCAGAGGAGGAGGAGGAGGAAGGGAGGUGCUGAAGCGUCUCUGAGGCCGUCUUGGGUGGAGGUGAGGCAGGAUUUGUGGCGCCCUUGCAGGGGAGAAGAGUUGCUGAGUCCUCAACUGAAUGUUCUAAGCAAGAAAAAGGGGUUAGUGAGUGAAUGUGGGUCUCCCCGUGCUACUCACCACACGGUAUAGGCAGGCACAAGGGACAGUAAAGGUCUUGGACUCCCUGGGUAGGAACAAGCCCCUGCCUCUGGCUCCAGCCUCCAGCCCUUGCGCCGCGCUGAGUGCUGGUCUGCUGAGCGAACACACCGCUUGCAGGUGCGCUGUGUGCGAUAAGGCAGGUACGGUGCUUAGUGCGUGUUAACUUCUCAGAGCAGCUCUAUGAAAUAAGCACGGACGUCUCUCUCUCAAAUAAGGCAAAACAAGUCACCCAAGCCCACAAAGCAGCAGGAGCAACAACAACAAAACAAGAAGAAAAAAAAAAAGCGUGAAUGGAAUUUAAGCUGCCAAAUUCGAGUCUGCGCUUUGGGUAGGAUCUGCUGCUUGUUUUAGGUCAGAAUCUCCGCUUUGGUGAGAUUGGAAAGUGCAAAUGAAGGCCUUUGCUGUUAGCGUCCUUCUUCAGUAACUUCUCACUUCUUUAAAUUUAUUAGACAUUAACUGUGUCCCUAGCACCGUGCUGGGUUCUCGGCCCAAUGAGGCCACCUCUUGGCUCUGUGUCCUGCAGCAAACUACAGAAGGUAUGGGUCCGCAUGCCUUCCCUCUAAAAUAGGAACAACUUGAAGAUUACAGGAGAAGUUUGUCUUCUCGCCCUUGUAUCUUUGCCUGUGUUAGUCACGUGGAAUAAUAAAUGUGAAGAUGGGUUAUUACAGUAGGAAAUCAUUUUGCUACGGGAAGGCCAGUAUAUCAAUUGUACUCUGCACAAAUUUCUACUUAUGAUCCCCUGCUACUCUGUUGCAUGAAGGUAAUAACAAAACUGCAGUAAUUUUUAUUUACUACUCUUUCCAGGUUCAGAAAGAAAUGUCUAAUAGGCCAACUCAAAGUGACCAAUGAAAGUCAUCUGUGUC